CAGACAGCAAGUCUCGCUAAGGGUAGAAACAUUAUGGCGGAACAUGUUAUGUACUUGAGAGCCUAGCUUCUAUGGCUGUGUUAAGAAAAACCUGUUAAUUCCAUGUUAAAGACGGAAUCUAGCUUGCUUAAUGAAGAGUUAGACAAAACGGCGUAACAGCAUGGCACAAUUUGAUAGCCAAAUACUAGAAUGCAACCAAACACAUUUGGAUAAUUACUAUCGAUAAAGUGAGAGAACUUCCCAUCGAUUCGUGUUUAGUGCCGUGCUAAGUGUUUAUUGGAAGUGUUUUUUUCCUGUGCUAGACUACCAAUAGGAUUUAUUUACUUAACGUGUCGUGUCCGCAAUUCGAUUCGGACUAACUGAAAUCGGCGAAAUGCUUCUGUUAAACAUAUUUCUUGGUAAUGACCAAGGAAUGUAUAUGAAGUUCUGAUUGCAUUUUUAACAAACUUCCACUCAUGGUGGAAAUUGACAGAGUAAAAAUGACUUCUAACAGUAGUGCAGCCGUAAAACAAGAGAAACGAGAUGAUCAGGAGGAGAUCGAUCUACUUGCAGCCAAGAUGGUUGAAGCCAAUCGAGCCAAAAUGGCAAAUUUGUCAUCAGCAGCAACAACUCUUGGACAAACAGGAACAAACAGCAACCCAUUACAAUCAGGGGUAGCAUCAGCAUCUCGAAUGUUGCCAGGCACUUUGUUGGGUUACUUUUCAAAAAAUUCAGCUGGUGUUGGUGCCAAAGAAGUUGUUGAUGCCAUAAACAAAGAAAAAAUCAACAGUGCUGCUGCUGUUUCAAUAGAUUUAGAAAGUGCCAAAGGACGAUUUGGUUGGACGGACUCAUCAGUGCACAUUCCCUAUAUUUACCGAAGAGACGAAAAGAAAUUCUGUUCUGUGCGCGUCCUGGAACAGUGUAUUAUAAAAAUGUUCGCGAACGUGUUGCGACCGGAAUUGUCCGGCUGCGUUUCCAUUCAGAGCUUUUACGUGAGUGAAAUAGAAUCAAGAUUAUUGAACGAAAUCAAUGUGAAGCACUGUGACUGGCAAUAUGGUAGAGAACUGUUUACCGUCCGUGACCUGAUCAUCAAUUUGGAUGAUGCUUUAGAGCUUAUCCAAUUCUUGCAGACCUGCAAAGAAAAGUUGGUGCGGAAGUCGUGUGAUCCACAAGACCGGUGUGGAUUCUUCCGCAUAGGCGGGGAAUCUGUUGUGCCGUACACAGUUAUCAGUGGGACCAAGUAUGUUCCUCUGUUCUACUUCGAAGGAGAGACUGGAAAUCUGGACAGGCGGGCUAUUCAGAUUACUGGUUGGGAUUUAGCCUACCUUAAGUUGUGCUGUAAAGUGCAAGGAAUCCGGAAUGAACUGUUCUCGAACGAUUCCUACUCAGCUGUGAGCGUAGAAGAUAUCAAGCAGCAGUUCCCGGCCCAAACUGAUUUGCAGCUAUAUUGGCCCAGCCGGUCAUCACUAGAUGUACCAAGCAAUGGUGCAUCAGGCGCCAGCAACGCUGGCAUUAGCAUGUGGAUUCACAAACCUAGUGGUAGCCCACCGCCAUUACCUGUUAAUAGUAAUACGACGGCCGUGACAAUGCAAGCAAGUUCAGUCAUUCAGAAAAACCCUGCAGCGUCAGCGGUCGCUGCUGCCACAAGACUGCCUUCCACAUCAUCUUCCUCCGCUUUACUUCAUCAAGCGUCGGGUAUUGUCCCGCCGUCUCGGCCGGCUGUUAUCCCACCAACUUGCACCAGUUCCAACUUGUACAACGGGUGGAGUUCCAUGAACUCUUACGCCUCUGUGCAUCAGCAAAUGCAACAACAGCAAAGUGCUUCGAACACCAAUAGCUCUUCUAGUUCUUCAGCAGCGGCGGCUUCUGCCCAUCUAGCGACAGUGUUGCAAUCACAAUCCGCGGCAGCAAGGGCACAAGCAGCAGCUGUAUCGGCCAUGCUAAUGCCGUCCAUGCCAGUUCAUCACUCCAGUAUGGGCCAGGCAUUUAAUAUGAUGCAGUAUGCACAGGCAGUUGCAGGAAUGAUGCAACAGCAACAAUCGCAGCAGCAAGCUCAGUCGCAUCGGAACCAAGCUCCUCCGCCACCACCAUCUCAGGCUCAUGCUUCAGCAAGCUCAACGCUGGACAACCUUCUGCGUGCGAACGGCAUUCACACCGACCACCAUAGGCUGCCCCACGGUUCAUCCUCGAAUGCGGCGAUGAAUCACUCAGCCUAUUCCAGCAGCCAAUCACCUCUAACCGGCGCGGUACCCGGCAGUAGUCCGCACUCCAGAAGUAGCACAGGAGCUUCACCUAGGCCCGGUUUACCUGUUCCAAGUUCAAGCUUGGUCCACUCUUCGUUAACCUCAUCUUCCUCCUCAUCGUCGACACCAAAACCCCCGCCUCCUCCGCUCAUCCCUGUGAAUGGGAGCCAUCCUCUUUUCUCCUCUAUGCCAAAUAAUAGUAGCAUGGCCUCUCAGGGAUCCAGUCGACUCCAUCAAGCGUCAUCCGAAUCAAAUCCGCACGGACUGUCACGCUCCUACCAUCAAUCACAGUACGAAAUCGGACAGCGACAUCAUCCCCAGAUGCACCAUCAGCUCCUCCAACAACAACAGCAAUCCCAACAACCUCCUCCGUUCAAGCUACAGCUGUACCAGAUAGAAAAUCAAACUGUACCGUGCGUUAAUAGCCGGCAAUAUGUCUACAAUAAUCUGAUGAUUGCGCUACCGGACAUGGCUGCUUAUUUGUUUCCCCAUUUAGGUCAUCAAACUUGUAAGCAAGUUCUACAGGAUGGUCUUGGUGUUACGCUAUAUGAAGCCAAUCCUCAACAAUUGCAGGUUUUAAAAUCGGCGGGAAAGGUGAGCAGCGUAAGUAGUCUCGCCGGAGAAAAAAUAUCACUGGUGAACGUUCGGGAUGUCGUCCAGUAUAUGCCACAAAUCCGUUACAUGAUGUCGAGGCUGGAUGGAGGAGCCGAACUAAGCCACGCCCAUUCUUCAAAACGGCAAAGAGUCAGCUGAUUGGCUUUUGACUGAAGAGAGACAGUGUUAAUGAACCAAGUCGGAUGACAGGUCAAUCAAGAAAAAGAACAAGAUAAGCCUGCCAGCCGACAAAACCAAAAAGAAAGACAUCCCCCUCCCCUUCCUGGAACAGGAAGAGCCUUCUUUUCUCCAGUGUUACUGGUUCCGCAUGUUUGUUUCUUUACGCUCCCGUUUCUUUUUUCUCUUUUUUUUUAGCCUAUAUCCUCCUUCCCUCAAUUGAAAACAAACACCUUAUUAUUCUUGGAUGUGGUUUCAGCUGCUGCCGUUUUCCAUGAACGGUUGGGGAGAGAGACAGAAAGAGAGAGAACGAGACCUUGUGGAUUUUUUUCGUGUUCUAUCCUUUAACCUGACACCAAAAAGGCAACCGGAAAAGGGAAUUUUGUUCUUCACUUUUGUUGGAAAAAAAACAAGGUUCUCAACUAUUUCUACACAACGCAUCUGCAGAUGCGCCCGAGCAUGUACCAUUCUGAAGGAGUAAGAGAAUCCCCUCCCUCUCUCCUUCGACUAGAGAUAAAUAAGAAAUAUCGUUGUACAGUAUUGUGUGACUUGCAGUGCAAAGUGCAAGCCAUUCUGUUUGUAAAAGUUAGCUUUGCCUGGAAGAGCACGACGUUCCGCUGCCUAAACCUGCGUUUUUCCCUUGUCUUUUUUUUUUUUUUUUUUCUUUCCCUAUGGCACUUGGCACCUCUCCUAAAUCUCGACUUUUCUUCUCUCUCUUUGUUAAUUCUCGCCUUCGCCCAAUAUCCUCUGUCAUCUUUCCCUUUUUUUUAUUGUAAUGUGAAGUUGAAGAGUUCGGCUGUUUAAAUUGUUGUACCGAUGAAUAAUGCCAUCGAUUUCCCUAUCUUUAUGUUUUUUAAGUUGCGAAAAACAUUGUUCCAUUUCCAUAUCUCUCUGCUGAAAGGAGGCAUACACCCGCGCAUGCGCGCGAAUAUUCUGACAA